CAAUAAAUAUAGUAAAAAGGGAAAGAAGUUAUAAUUCUCUUUAUAACUCUAAAUUGAUAUCUCUGCUCUCUCUCUCCCUGAUCAAUAAGCGCAUAAAUAUGUCCGAGACUGCACAUAAAAGGAUGCAAACUAAUUUUUUUUUAAAUCGUAUAAACGCGUCAAUUUUUAAAAUGUCAUUUUAUAAACCAGAUCAAGUUUAAACUAUUUUGAAGUAAAAGUAUCUUCGAGGAGUAUAGAUAGAGAUGGUUAAUAAUAAUCAUAGAACAUUUCCAGUACAUCCCGUGAUACGACGAGGCAUAUUUGCAGACUUGCAGAAGAAAGCAAGCACUAUUGAUAAUGCUUUGUCUCUUCAUUAUGCAUCACAUUCUACCGAUCCAUUAAUUACUGAGAUCCUCGAUUCAGCUUCAAGUUUAGCUCAGAUGAAGAUUAAAAUACUAGACAUUCAAGUGAUAUAUCUGAUUAAUCCGUGUUUUUAUCAUAUUUAUGAUGCUGGGAAUAAUCCUUUCGACAGUUCAAACAUUUAUAUUUCGUUUCCAUUAGGUUCAAAAAAUUCUUUGAUGGAUAAGAGGAAGAUUCAAUUUAAUGAAAGUAUUGGUUCAUGGAUACAAAAUAACCAAGAAGUGAAGGAGUUGACCAUUACUUCGAUGAAAGAGAUCUUAGACUUCAAUGAUAAACUUGACGAUAAGACAACAAGGUCAUCGUCAACCAGUUCUCCACUGCCUACUAAAGUGUCUAAACUUCCACGAUCAAAUUCGAACUCACCCGUUAAAAGAAACUUAUUAAAGGAACUAAAGAAUGAGGCAGCAAAGUUCCAAUUCAAACAAAAGGAUGCAUUGAAAGAACAACUCAACAAUAAUGGUUUAACCUUGAUUGAAAGAAUAAGAUUAAAAGAAAAACUUCGUAAUGAAAUCAAGAAUCCAUUUGAAGAUGCUCAAUCAAAUUAUGACAAUUAUUUGACUCAGAAAUCAGCUUCAAUAUAUGAAGUCAUAUUCCAAUUAUUUACUGAGAAACUAGAAUCAGAACCAUUUAAAUUAUUCUCAGUUUCCAAGCUUUGUCAAACGGUCAAGGACAGUUCCGAUUAUCCUCUUGAUAUCGAUGAAAUAUUGGAUAUUCUUCGCGUUAUGGAACAAAAAUUAUCAAAGAAUAAAUUCUCUAUCGUCAACCGUAAUGGUCUUUCGGUAUUAAAAGUUUCCAAUUUAAAUAGAAAUAGUGAUUUACAAUUGAUAAAUCAAUAAUGUAUUAUUUUAUAACGAACUCGUUUAUUAAUGUAUAUAAGUUUUAAUCUUUCGAUAUAUUAGAUUG